UGUUGAGUGACUUCUUGCAUCACAUGAUAAGAGUCUCCGUGCAGCACCUGCAUCAUCAUGAAGUUCAGCCUUGUCAGUUCCUGUAUGCUGCUUAUCAGCCUGGCAGCAACCACCUCUGCGGCUGUCUUAUCUUCCAGCUCCAGCACAGAAGAGGAGAUGGACAUGGAGAAGUUGACUUUGAUCAUUGAAGAACUGGCCAGUAGACCUGUCUAUGAGGGCCCGUACGAAACGGAUGACUUGACGAAUGACACAGAUGCAAUCAGCGAUGAAGACAAGAGAGUCAAGAGAUGGAUCACUGGCUUUGACGAUUAUUUGUUUUUCGUGUGCCCAAAUACCCAAAGCAUCUCCAGAAUCUCUAGCUACCACAGCAACGACCACGAAGACAGGCGUUUCAGCAUCAGCUGCAAAGCAACAUUCAGCUCCAACCCACACUGCAUUUACAGUGGUUGGGUGAACAACUUUGACCAACGCUUUGCCUAUACCUGCCCCCGCGACUAUGUCAUGGCAGGGAUGGUCAGUUACCACAGUAAUGAUCAUGAGGACCGCCGAUUUCUUUUCAGUUGCUGCCGUGCCUCUGGCCACCACCAUAAUUGCUGCUCCUGGACCCCGUUUGUGAACUACUUUGAUACAUACUUCAACUGGAACGUCCCUGCCCACAACUACCUUACUGGAGUUUCCUCCCACCACGACAACGGUUAUGAGGACCGUCUCUUCCUAUUCCAGUACUGCUCAAAGCGCUAAGGAUGCCCAAAGAAAGAAUGACCAUCUGAACAGCUGAAGAGCCUCAUAUCAUAUCAAUCAUCGUAAUCAUAUAGGCCUAAUUCUUUGAUAUUCAAUCAUAAUAAUAAUAAAGACUUUAUUAGUCCACAGAUGUGGAAAUUUGUCUUUGGCUCCACAGGUAGUUGUUAAAACAUAAAUUAAAACAUAAAUACUCACUGAUUCAUGGCUUUCUUUUUAAAUUAGAUGUUUUUGUAUUGUUUAGUCUGUAUUAGAAAGAGUUGAACAUUGUAACUGUUUCAUAUAACAAAUGCUGGUAACUCUCCUUAAAUUUAACCUGUAGCCUAUCUGUACUGUAUACUGGGUUAUUAGGGUUCUCUUUGAACUAUACUAGGCAUUUUUAGAAUUUCAAUGAAAAAAAAUAUAUAUAUACUCUUAUCUAGAAACAUGCCCUAAUAGAGGCUGUGCUGAUUUUACUUAAUAAUUUUGAGAUUAUUGCAAAAAAUAAUGACAAAUUACAAAGCCGUGUCCCCGCUGCCCGGCAGUGAUGGAGAGCGCAGAAUGGCGCAGGAGGGGGUUACUUUCAGUUCAUCUGUAGCGUAGCAAAAAGCCCACGUCUAAGAGCAAAUUUUCCUGAACACAAGCUGUAGCCUACACUUCUCAGAUAGUGUGUAGCAGGUUAUUCGCCCCUGAUAUUGUAUGAUCAUGCUGUGGAACUGUCAUCUUUUUUUACAUUAAAUCCAUUGAUUGAUAUUU